UAAGGCAGUGUGCGCUUGCGCAGUAGCGGUCUAGCGGCGGAGGAGAACGACAACGCAGCGAACAAAAACACACAAUGUCGACGGCGGCGACCACGGCGAGCGGGCCGAACACUGGCCCCGUCGGCGGCGGGACCUCAGUGGGACGGAAAAAGGAUGGUGGGCCCUCUGCAAAAUUCUGGGAGAGUUCUGAGACGAUAUCUCAACUUGAAACGGUUCGUCUAUGGAUCGGGAAGCACUACAAGAAGUAUGUGCAGAACGACUCCCCCUCCAGUAAAUCUCUGGCAGGUUUGGUGGUCCAGUUGCUUCAGUUCCAGGAGGAUGCUUUCGGACGCAGAGUCAACAACCCUGCUCUCACCAAGCUGCCGGCCAAGUGUUUCCUGGACAUGAAGGCGGGCGGCUCUCUCUGUCACAUUCUGGGCUCCGUCUACAAAUUCAAGAGUGAGCAGGGAUGGCGGCGCUUUGACCUGCAGAACCCCUCCCGCAUGGACAGGAAUGUUGAAAUGUUUUUAAAUGUGGAGAAGAACCUGGUGCAGAACAACUGUCUGACCCGACCCACUGUCUUCUUGUACACGGACAUUGAGGCCAAACAAGCCAGUAAGCUCAAAGAUGCCAUCAAGAGACACCAGGGCUCCAUCACUGAGGACAAGUCAAAGGCCACCCACAUCAUCUUUCCAUCUCCACCGCAGCAGGAAGAAGAGGAGUGGGUGCGCCCCGUCAUGAGGAAAGACAAGCAGGUUCUGGUCCACUGGGGGCUCUAUCCAGACAGCUAUGACACCUGGGUGUCAGCCAGCGAGGUGGAUGGGGAUGUUGAGGAGCCCCCCAGCGCUGACCGACCCUGGAAGGUUCAUGCUAAAUGGGUUCUGGACACAGACGCCUUCAAUGAAUGGAUGAAUGAGGAAGACUACGAGGUGGACGACAACAAGAAACCGAUCAGCUUCCGCCAAAAGAUCUUCCCGAAAGAGGAAGAGUCUUCCCGUACACCUGAUCGCAAGGAGCGCAAGGCCAACUCUGCCGGCAAGAAGAGGAGGCGCUCUCCCUCGCCGCCCAGCACACCCGCCGAGUCCCGAAAGAAGGGUGGAAAGAAAGGGAACCCAGGACAUUACUGGAAGCGACGGGGUCACCGAGGCGAUGAAGAGGACACUGAGGAAGAUGUCACCAAGGACUUGGACGACUCUUCAGCUGGUGCCAGCAUGGAAGAGGGAAGUGUUUCUAAAAAUGCUCAUUCAAAGAAGGAUGCUGAGAGCACUCCUCUAAAGGGUGACAAUGGGCAAGAUGUGGAUGACAUGGAGGACGAUUCUGUGCUGUCUGGUGGCAAGGAGGAUGAGGAUCAGAGCAAAGCAGAGAUCAACCGCCUGAUGGACGCCAGCGAGGACAAUGUGACAGAGCAGACGCACCACAUCAUCAUUCCCAGCUACAGUGCGUGGUUUGACUAUAACUGUAUCCAUGAAAUUGAGCGGAGAGCCCUGCCUGAGUUCUUUAAUGGAAAGAACAAGUCCAAAACUCCUGAGAUAUACCUAGCCUACCGCAACUUUAUGAUUGACACAUACCGGCUCAACCCUCAGGAGUACCUCACCUCCACCUCCUGCCGUAGGAACUUGACGGGUGACGUGUGCGCCAUCAUGAGGGUCCACGCCUUCCUGGAGCAGUGGGGGCUUGUGAACUACCAAGUGGACGCAGAAAGCCGACCUUUGCCGAUGGGGCCUCCACCAACACCCCACUUCACAGUGCUGGCUGACACCCCCUCUGGCCUCAUGCCUCUCAACCACAGACCUCCACCGGUAAGCCUGUUGACCAGGAGCAGCUGGAGGUGGCGAGGAGCAACAAAUGUGACAUUCUGUGCUUCCUGCCUUCAGAUUCCGCCUCCACAGCAGAUGGCCAACUUCCCUGACAAGAGCAAAGAAAAAAUCGACCUCCAAAACUUUGGCCUCCGCACUGACCAGUACAAAAAGAACUCAAAGGGCAAAUCGGUGUCAUCCUCUCGAGAAUGGACUGAACAGGAGACCCUGCUACUGCUGGAGGCUCUUGAGAUGUACAAAGAUGACUGGAACAAAGUGUCAGAGCAUGUUGGCUCUCGCACACAAGAUGAGUGCAUCUUACACUUCCUGCGCCUCCCCAUUGAGGACCCAUACCUGGAGAGCUCAGAAGCGUCGCUUGGUCCUCUGGCUUAUCAGCCCAUCCCCUUCAGCCAGUCUGGAAACCCCGUUAUGAGCACCGUGGCCUUCCUGGCCUCUGUGGUUGACCCCAGAGUGGCGUCUGCUGCCGCCAAGGCUGCACUUGAGGAGUUCUCUCGCGUGCGAGAGGAGGUGCCUGCCGAACUGGUUGAGGCUCACGUAAAGAAGGUCCAGGAGGCGGCGAGAAGCACAGGCAAGGUGGACCCUGCCUUCGGUCUAGAGAGCAGUGGUAUCGCCGGUACCUCUCCUGAAGAGCCAGAGAAGACAGAGGUUCCUGAACCUGACAAAAUGGAAACGGACACAGACUCCCAGCAGGGAGACAAGGCCGAGUCCAAGGAUGAGGCAGAGAAGCCCAGUGAGUCAGCGGAGAAGAGCGACAAGGCAGAGACUCCAGACAAGGUGAAGAAGGAGGCGGGGGAGGUGUCAGAGCGUGAGGAUGAGAGUGAAGAGGGAGAUGAGACAAAGGCAACUGCUGCAGACAAGGAUGAUGAAGAAUCCAUGGAGACGUCCUCUUCGGAGCAGGAGAAGGAAAAAGAUGACAAAACCACUACAGAGGAGGGAGAGGAAAAGAGGAAAAAGCUGGAGCACGACAUCGGGGAAGGAAACAUUGCCACCGCGGCCGCCGCCGCUCUGGCAUCUGCUGCCACCAAAGCCAAGCACUUGGCAGCAGUGGAGGAGAGGAAGAUUAAGUCACUGGUGGCUCUGUUAGUGGAGACUCAGAUGAAGAAGCUGGAGAUCAAGCUGAGGCACUUUGAGGAGCUUGAGACCAUCAUGGACCGCGAGAAGGAGGCCUUGGAGCUUCAGAGGCAGCAGCUGUUGACAGAGCGUCAGACGUUCCACAUGGAGCAGCUGAAGUACGCUGAGAUGAAGGCCCGCCAGCAGAUGGAGCAGCAGGCUGCUGCUGCUGCUGCCGCUCAGGGCCAGGGCCACGCCCCCGGACCCCACCCGGGGCCUCCGGGUAUGCAUCCUGGCGGCCACGGAGCCCUUCCUCCCCACCACGGCGCCCCCACUCCUCAUCACGGAGGGCCCCCGCCCGGUGCCGCCAUGCACCCCGGCUACCCUCCCAUGGGUCAUCACCCUAUGGCCCCCCAUCAUGCGGGCCAGCCAGCACCACUAGGACCAGGACAGCCCAUGCCUGGACGCAUGAUGGCAGGCCCUCCCACCGCCGCUCCUCCGCCUGGUGGGAUGCCGCCCAUGAUGCCGCCACGCCACCCAGGAGCUCCCAACGGCAUGUACCCGGGACCACCACCUGCACAGCCUGAAGCUGUGCCCCCUGUUCCUGUGGUGGCUCCAGUGCCCCCCAGUGGACGUGUGGCGGACAACUGAGACCCCCGCACCCACACACAGGCUCUUUGCAUCACCACCUAAACAAAUGUUAUCAUAGACACACACGCACACACUCAGGGUGACAUAGACACACAAACAUUGUUCCUGCUGAGUCGGGCCUGAUGGAGGCUGCAGACACAAACACUGUACAAAAUCAGAAGCUUGGUCUGGACGAGUGUCUGCCUUGCCUCAAACUUUUACACUGAAGUUUGUGCGUGCGUGCGUGUGUAAGUGCGCAUGACAGCUCGCCUGCGCUGCCUCCUCCCGAGCAGUUUGUGCCUCCACUUCCUGUUUGACCCAAACAAAGAUGGCAGCUGGUCACCUGCAGGAACAUUUGAAACAUCUGCCCCCACCUGCAACACGUAAACUAAGCUGAGGUUCACACUGGAGCUGCCAUGCACUGACACACACACACACACACACACACACACACACACACAAACGGACAUUAAUUGCAGCCUUUGUUGGUGCGACUGGGACGUCUUGGCUCUGCCUCUACAUAAAUGCUAUAGUGACUUAAGCCCCGCUCCUCUUCUGCUUCCUAACGCUGCCUACCUCGCCAGCCCCUUCCCCACCUGCGCAGUGCAUUUAGAGUGCAAAGGUCAUAGGUUACCAUGUUGAAACAGCACCUGUGGCCUUGUACAAAAUGAAACAUUGUCACCCGUGUGUCCGUGCUGGUGUCAUUUGACAGUGGUUUGUGCUACAGUUAAAGUUGAAUAAAUUAAAUAACUGCGACGUGACAGCUAGCUAGCACUGUUAGCACCUCUGCUACCUCUUCUUCCUUGCUCGCCCGCUAGCUACCUCUUCUAGAACCCUUCCCCCUCUUUCUCUGCCCUCCUCUUCUAGAACCCUCUGCCUCCUGCUACCUCUGCUGCCACUUACUGUCUCGUCUUUUUAAGGGGUCCUCAUGUCGGUGGAUGGCCCUUCACUGGCCAUGACCCCGUCACCAGGCAGGUCAUGUGAUGUGACUGACCACUCCCACAUAGCAUCUUUAAUGGCUACUUGUAUUUUUAAGAGUUUUGUGUAGAGCAGGUUUUUGUGUAGCAUUUAGUUUGAUUUUGUACGGUCUGUUGCUACUUGGACCUUCACGCUGGCCAAUAAAAUGUUUUUCUACAAACUGCUGUCCU